UAAUCUUGUCUCUAGUGGCGUGUGUAGGGGGGAGGACUUUAUUUCCAUUGGCUAAGCUCUCCCUUCCCACCCACAUCUCUUCCACAUCACCUUGGUGUCUCCCUAAAUAAAACCAGCCCUCCUUAUCGCCUGGAAAAAAUCAGGAGCUAGAGUUUGAAUGGGUUUUAUAUAAACACUCACCCCUGGCGGCGUGCGGCUGGGCUCUCAGGAUGAACUCACGGCACCUGGCCUGAGGCUUGCCUUUGCUUCCCUCCUUUGAACGGCAGGGUUUAAGCAGAGCCCGAGGACUGGGACCUCUUCCCUGAAACCGGAUCAACGUGAAGCCAGUUGCGGAACUGCACAGGGUCCCCAUGGACCUCAAGGAGAGCCCCAGCGAGGGGAGCCUGCAGCCCUCUAGCAUCCAGGUCUUCGCCAACACCUCCACCCUCCACGGCAUCCGCCACAUCUUCGUGUACGGGCCGCUGACCGUCCGGCGCGUGCUCUGGGCCGUGGCCUUCGUGGGCUCCCUGGGCCUGCUGCUGGUGGAGAGCUCCGAGAGGGUGACCUACUACUUCUCUUACCAGCACGUCACCAAGGUGGACGAGGUGGUGGCCCAGAGCCUGGUCUUCCCAGCCGUGACCCUCUGUAACCUCAAUGGCUUCCGCUUCUCCAGACUCACCACCAAUGACCUGUACCAUGCCGGGGAGCUGCUGGCCCUGCUGGACGUCAACCUGCAGAUCCCGGACCCGCACCUGGCUGACCCCGCAGUGCUGGAGGCCCUGCGGCAGAAGGCCAACUUCAGACACUACAAACCCAAGCAGUUCAGCAUGCUGGAGUUCCUGCACCGCGUGGGCCACGACCUGAAGGACAUGAUGCUCUACUGCAAGUUCAAAGGGCAGGAGUGCGGCCACCAGGACUUCACCACUGUGUUUACAAAAUAUGGGAAGUGUUACAUGUUUAACUCAGGCGAGGAUGGCAAACCUCUGCUGACCACGGUCAAGGGGGGGACAGGCAACGGGCUGGAGAUCAUGCUGGACAUUCAGCAGGAUGAGUACCUGCCCAUCUGGGGAGAGACAGAGGAAACGACGUUUGAAGCAGGAGUGAAAGUUCAGAUCCACAGUCAGUCUGAGCCGCCUUUCAUCCAAGAGCUGGGCUUUGGGGUGGCGCCAGGGUUCCAGACUUUCGUGGCCACACAGGAGCAGAGGCUCACAUACCUGCCCCCGCCGUGGGGCGAGUGCCGGUCCUCGGAGAUGGGACUGGACUUCUUUCCUGUUUACAGCAUCACCGCCUGUAGGAUUGACUGUGAGACCCGCUACAUCGUGGAGAACUGUAAUUGCCGCAUGGUCCACAUGCCAGGGGACGCCCCUUUCUGUACCCCUGAGCAGCACAAGGAGUGUGCAGAGCCUGCCCUAGGUCUGCUGGCAGAGAAGGACAGUAAUUACUGUCUCUGCAGGACGCCCUGCAACCUGACCCGCUACAACAAAGAGCUCUCCAUGGUCAAGAUCCCCAGCAAGACAUCAGCCAAGUACCUCGAGAAGAAAUUUAACAAAUCAGAAAAAUAUAUCUCAGAGAACAUCCUUGUUCUGGAUAUAUUUUUUGAAGCUCUCAAUUACGAGACAAUUGAACAGAAGAAGGCGUACGAAGUUGCUGCCUUACUUGGUGACAUUGGUGGUCAGAUGGGACUGUUCAUUGGUGCUAGUAUCCUCACAAUACUAGAGCUCUUUGAUUAUAUUUACGAGCUGAUCAAAGAGAAGCUACUAGACCUUCUUGGCAAAGAAGAGGACGAAGGGAGCCACGACGAGAAUGUGAGCACUUGCGACACGAUGCCAAACCACUCCGAAACCAUCAGCCACACUGUGAACGUGCCCCUGCAGACGGCCCUGGGGACCCUGGAGGAGAUUGCCUGCUGACAGCCCUGGGACCACCCGGCACCCCCCAAAACAGACCUUGAGGCCCCAGACCCGGGACAGGGGACAGCAGGCUCAGGUGGGACGGCCCCUGCUGACGGAAAGAAGCAAGAGCCCCCUAUGCACACAUAGCAAACUCUCUGCCAAAACCUUGCUCCGGCCGCAUCUGGCUCGCCGCACCCUCGGGCCCCGCCGUGCGUCCGCCCCUCAGAGCAGAAAUGCCGUCCCGCUCUGGAACUGUCCGAGAACCGACCUGCCAUCACAUCUCACUGCCAGAUGUACAAAGCACCUGCAUGCUCAGACUUCUCAAGGCGCCGCCUCCACGUCUGUCUCUACGUGGCACGCCUCAGUGCGGUUUCCGGCAGCCGACUCUGCAGCUGUGCUUGAGGGGACCGGGCUCCAGCCCCGAGCCACCUCGAGGCCGCGCUGGAACCACACCUGCACAGCCAAGAGGGAAACCGCAGGACUCUCCACGAUGAUGUCCGGUCCUUGUGUCGUUUGUGAAAGUCCUUAACCUGCCCACGAACCCCUCCCCCUCCCCCACAAGCUGGCCCGCAGGGGCACCAGGGCCAACCCCCCUCCCCUCCCGGGACCUGUGAUGGAGGCGCGGUGGCCGGGGUGGCUCGUCCUCGUGCCCACAGCGUUCCGCUCUCCCCGGGACACGGCUUGUACAGUCUGAUUCUGUUUCUUCCCGGGGCUUUUUUGUUUGUUUGUUUGUCUGUUGGAAAUCUGUUUUGUUUCAUUUUUUCUGGAUUUUGGUUUCGACGUUCUGAGGUUUGGUUUGGUUUGGUUUUUCCAUUUUCUCUGGCAUUUAUUUAUUCGUGCUUCCAAUCACGCUCAUAUUAAAAGCUGGUCUUGUGGAAA